AUGACACUAGUCAGAAUUAUGGCAAACCCCAGCCGUGGCCUCCUGCGAACACCGCCAAAGAUUGAUAUCCAACUGAAGCAAAACCAAAGUGCCGCCGAGUACUACACAACUGGCGAUGCUGUAGAGGGCAUUGUUUCCAUUACAGUGCCAAAUGACUUGCCGCUGGGUAUUGUCCAAAUCUACCUCCAAGGAAUAUCGAAAAUCAGAUUUCAUCGAGCCUUACAGCAUGGACGAGCCAAGACCCAGCACACUUUUCUGUCUCUACGUCAUCCCCAGGAUGAGAUGAAGAUACCAAUGCCAGUCAUCACUAGCAAAGGUCACGAAUACCGCAUCCCAUUUUACUUUGUUUUACCCGAAAAAUUGCCCUCCCGGUCCUGCAACCACUUUACAAAAAGCGAACAAAUCGCGGAUUCACACAUGAACCUUCCCGCCACAGUGGGAGACCCCGGCUGCCAAACAUACAUAAACGACUCUUCAUCCGACAAAGCCUACGUGUCGUAUCGCAUCCGGGUGAAGAUUUCGAAUCCCCUAGAUGACAAUUCCGUGUUGACCAACAUGAAAUGCAUUCGAGUCCUUCCACACUCCUUUGAAGAACCACCUCUUGAGACUAUGGGGAAUGAGCUCUACCUCACUCAAAGAGUAAAAAGCCUGAACACUGUACCAUUCUGCAAUAACUCUGGUCGUUUAUCUAUCAAAGCUUUGCAACCUCGAGCUAUCCGUCUACCCGAUCUCAAAACAGCGAUACACGAGAACAUUGGCACCACAGUGGCAAUCGAUCUGGAAUUUCUGGGAACAAAAUUGCCACCAAAGCUUCGGACAAUCUCAAGCACCCUCAAAGUGCUCACAAUAUAUGGUGCUACGCCUUGGGAAAACCACCCCAAUGCGAUGACAUUGUCAUCUUUGGGCAAUGGCAAUCGAGAUGUAUGUAGCGAUGUCAUUUCAUUGUCAAAGCUAGGCAUCGAUUCUGUCAAAUGGCAAAAGCAGGACAUCUUGUUAUCCGACCAUGAAAGUCUGCCGAAUGCAUCCCACGAGAAUGACUCUUUGCCCCAACUCUCCAAACACAUAUCCUCGAUUGCGGUCCCCAUCACCCUCCCAGAUACACACAGUCUUGUCCCUACCUUCCAUUCCUGCUUUAUUUCUCGUGUCUACCUGCUCGAAAUUCGUCUUUCUUAUUGUCAACAUGGACCGCUGCGAGUCCCAGCACAUAUAUCUUUGAUGGUUCCUUUACAGAUAACGAAAUAG